AGAUUUUCCUUCUCCUUCAGCGACGACGUAACAUUCGCCGGACCACAUUUAUCUCCGACGUCGGCCGCUUAGACAGAGACUAACCCUGAUCAAGUUGAGAUCAUAUUGGAGGAGCCGCUCAAGGCUAAAGCUGUGAUGGAAAAGACUAACCCUGAUGGUGCUCAAGAGCUUCCUUCAUCUGGUCUCGAACAGGCUCCACUUCAUCUCAAUCAGAAAUCUGGUGAGAAGAGAAAGAGAGAAGGAUUGGUGAGAAGAGAAAGAGAAGCUGGAAACAGCAGCGAGAAUGAAGAAGUUAUUAUUGUUGGUGACACUAAAGCUAUAGAAGAUUUAUGUUUUGAUGGAGGAGAGCAGUCUCAGAAGUCUGUGUAUAGCAAGCGGCAAGCUUUCGUUGCACAGAGCAACAGAAAUGGUGAAGGGUCUUUGGGCAAGGAAGAAGCAGGAGAAGAACCAGAAAGAGCAAAGUAGGUUUUAGCUUUCAAUGACUUUGAUAAGCUGAGGGAAGAAGUACACUUUGAAGUUGGCCAGACCUGGGCUCUUUAUGAUACAGUGGAUGGGAUGCCUAGAUUGUAUGCUCAGAUCAAAGAAGUUUUUGUUUCUGGUUUUAAUGUUACUGUCACGUGGCUUGAGCCUGAUCCAUAUGACGAGGAACCAAUACAGAGGUAUGAAAAAGACUUGCCUGUUUCUGUUGGUAGGUUUAAACUUGGAAAAGAUGAGACUAUUAAAGAUCACACAAGGUUUUCUCACUUGGUUCAUUGCAAUAAAGGAAGUAGCGCGGGUAAAUUCUGUAUAUACCCAAGAAUAGGAGAGACAUGGGCUAUCUUCAAGGGUCGCUACAAAUCUCUCAUGACGAGCUUUGACAUCAACUGGUUAGCUGAUCCCGGUUCUCCCUGGAAAUAUCAGUACGCAUUUGUCGAAAUCGUGUCAGAAGAUGCUGGAUCAAGUGACCCUUUAUCUGCUGGUUUCUUGCAUAAAGCAAAAGGCUUCUUAAGCUUGUUUUGUCGCUUUAAUGAGGAAAUUGUUACAUCUUAUGUUCGUAAUUCCGAUGUUUAUCAAUUCUCUCAUUGUGUUCCAUCAUUUAAGACGACUGGAAAGAAGCAGAAGGUGUGCCUCGAGGUGCUUAUGAGCUGGAUCCUACUGCAUUACCAACAAAUAUCAAAGAGAUAGACGUCCCUUUGCAUCUACUAGCAGAGCCUAAAGAGUCAAACUCCGAGAAUAAUACGUAUUCGCAAUGCGUGCACUUUGCUUGCAAGGGAAGGACUUAUGAAACAGGCCAAGUCUGGUCAUUUUGCAGUGGUGACGAUUACUUGCCCCGGUACUAUGGCAAGAUUCAGAAAAUCACAUUUGUUCAGGCAUUUGAGCAGGAUCCAGUAGUUAAAUUGCAUGUAGGUCGGCUAAAGGCUACAGUAAUCAAAGGCGUCAUCCAGUGGAUUGACAAGAGAAUGCCCACUGGCUGUGGGAGUUUCCGGGCAACUAAAGCUCUUGAAAUAUUCACUGAUCUUGAUGUAUUUUCACGUCAGAUUAGCUCAGAGGAUGGAAAUAAUUACAGUAUCAUGCCAAAGACUGGUAAUAUUUGGGCUAUUUACAGAAACUGGAGUAAUGACAUUGAUGUGGUUGAUCUUCAAUCCCAAACUUAUGAUCUUGUGGAAAUUCUGGAUGAUAAACAGGACUACAAGGUUCUGUUGUUGGCACCUGAUGGUGGCUUUAAAUUAGCAGAUCGUGCAGGUUUUGGUUCGGUGUAUUUAGCUGCUACUGAGCACUGGAUUGAUGGCAAGGAUGUAAGAUUCACAAUCCCGAAAUCCGAACUACUCAGAUUCUCGCAUCAAGUUCCAACUUCGAAAGUAACAAAAGAGAUACAUGGAGCUUUGCAAGAAGUCUAUGAACCUAAUAUUGAGGCAUUACCAGUGAACUUGAUUCUAUGA